UUCUUGGAGAUGGAGGAAAGCUUGGAGAAAGAACAAUUGCAAGGGACUCCACUCUUCAAUUCCUCUAUUUGUGCUUCUCUGUAACUCAGUGGGUCAUCAUGGGAACAGCCAGGAACGAUCAGACUGUACGGAAACUUCCACUCCUUGAGAAAUGUAAGACUCCGAAAAACUAUGACCAUCCUGACGUUCUGCGUCACACGUUUGAGACUCUAUCUAACCUUCACAAGCUGCUUCCAAAUAAUCUGAUGGAGCUGUUUUAUUCCUACAAGAGUGAAGAGGACAAAAAAAAAUGUGAGAAGAAUUCUGAACUCUCUGGCUUAGAAAGCAUCUUAGCAAGACAUCAUUUUCCAAAAGAGAUUAAUCUAACCCCAAAGCCAAGCAAUAUGCCCCUGUGGAAAAGAAAAGCUAUCAACAAUGUAAGUCAUGGGUGGAAGAAAUGCUACUUGUGGAAUAAAAAUACAAACGAGCCUCCAAUGUCAACCAUAGUUGUCAGAUGGCUGAAUAAGAAUAUGCAACCCAGUGAAGAUCUUCAGUCAGUAACCCAGAGGCUGUCAGUGUUUGGGCCAAUUCAGUCAGUUACCCUUUGUGGACGGCAAAGUGCUAUAGUGGUGUUCGAAGACAUGACUUCAGCUUGUAAUGCUGUGAAUGCUUUUCAAAGCAGGACCCCAGGCACAAUGUUUCAGUGCUCCUGGCAACAACGAUUCAUGUUGAAAGAUAAAGGCUAUUCAAGAAAAUAUACUAAGAAGUCACAGCCUAAGGAACAUAAGCAAGAAACUGAACAAAGAUGCCAACCACAGGUAUAGGGCCACAAACAGGUACACACAAAGCCAACAAUAAGCAGUAUUUAACUUAUUUAUAAGCAUUAUUGUAAGUAGGCAUUUAGGUCAUUUUCAGAAAUAGAGCAGUAAACAGAGUUAAGGGUUUCAGGUCUGGCAUCAGA